GUCCCUUGUGACUCUACAGUCAUGUUCUGUUCUGCUGGGAAGAACGACAUAAUCAUCCACAACAUCUGAUGUGCAUCUGGAUAAUAACAAACACUGGGUGAUUUUUGUGGAAGUUUCAGACGCGAAGCGAAUAUCUAAACAGCCGCGACGGUAAGCGCGAAGAGGUAAAGCUUUCUUCUCCACAUCAUGUCCUCUCGUAAGAAGGUGCUGCUCAAAGUGAUCAUCCUAGGGGAUUCUGGAGUUGGGAAGACCUCUCUGAUGAACCAGUAUGUGAAUAAUAAGUUCAGUAAUCAGUACAAGGCCACAAUCGGAGCCGACUUCCUGACUAAGGAGGUGAUGGUGGACGACAGACUGGUCACCAUGCAGAUCUGGGACACGGCGGGACAGGAGCGCUUUCAGUCUCUGGGUGUGGCAUUUUACAGGGGGGCGGACUGCUGCGUGCUGGUGUACGACGUCACAGCGCCAACUUCAUUCAAGACUAUGGACAGCUGGAGGGACGAGUUUCUCAUUCAGGCCAGUCCUCGUGACCCGGAGAACUUCCCCUUUGUUGUGCUGGGCAACAAAAUCGACCUGGAGAACCGGCAGGUAACGACAAAGCGAGCCCAAGCGUGGUGUCAGAGUAAGAACAACAUCCCUUAUUUCGAGACCAGUGCCAAAGAAGCCAUUAACGUGGACCAGGCCUUCCAAACUAUCGCUCGCAAUGCUCUCAAACAGGAGACUGUGGAGACGUAUGACUUCCCUGACCAGAUUAAACUCCGAGACGACAGACCUGUGUCUAGCAGUGAUGGCUGCAGCUGCUGAAGGAAAGACCAAACUGGGCACAGGAAGAGAAAGAGCCAGCAUGGGAAAGGGAGAGAUCCAGGCCUGUUAUUCUAGCAUCCAUCCUCCCCUUUUCCUCCUUUGAAACCUCCAGGGUAUCAUCUGCCACAUGUGAAAGCUGAACAUCCAUUUUCUCACUGAACUCCAAGUAAGCGUGUGGUAUGAUAAACUAUGGAGGAACAGGAAGACCAGUGUGUCGCGUAUCUUCUGACAUUGAGUCCUGCUAUCACUACAGCUGUCGCUACUCCUGCUGUCUGAGCAAUAUGAUUUUUCUUUUCUCAGAAAUGAUUCUUUGGUCUGCUAGUUCGUUGUGCCUUUUUAAUUCUUACUAUUGGUUAUUGAUAUCAAUGUUUCACUCCUAUGCUGAAUGAAUAUUCAUAAAAAAUAAAAAAAGACAUUACAUAUGUAAUAGGGCUGGGAAAUAUAAUAUUAAUAAAAUGUUUUAUCUGCCAUUUAAAAGCAACCAUUUGUUUACAUCUUUUUUAUUUUUUUACACCAUAGCUUCUCAGUAAAAAAGAAAAAUGCAUAAAUAAGUUACGAGUUCUCCAUGAAAGUCCACGUUUCACAUAAUUUCAAAUGUUUUAACAUUUAAAAAGAAGGUUUUACCUGUGUCUAUGUAGGAAAAAGGUGUGGAAAAUAUGCCUUGAGUUUUUUUUAAACUAGAUUUUUACUGUAUUUUUUACUUCAGACAUUUAAAACCACUUCACACUUUGUUUG